GCGGAACUAUUGGGGCGGGCCCGUUAGGUUUCUGUCCGGAUUCUGCAGAGCCGCUUCCGUUACUCAGCGGAAGUGUGGGUCGCCAGAGGACGAUUCGGGGAAGAACCCGCCAUCCGCCGUGAUCCCUCCCGGCAUCAUGUCGGGUUUAACGGUGAGAGACCCGGCCAUGGAUCGCUCCCUGCGUUCCGUGUUCGUGGGAAACAUUCCGUACGAGGCGACCGAGGAGCAGCUGAAGGACAUUUUCUCCGAGGUGGGUUCUGUCGUCAGUUUCCGGCUGGUGUACGACAGGGAGACGGGGAAGCCCAAAGGUUAUGGCUUCUGCGAGUACCAGGACCAGGAGACGGCGCUGAGCGCCAUGCGGAACCUCAACGGGCGCGAGUUCAGUGGCAGAGCGCUGCGGGUGGACAACGCCGCCAGCGAGAAGAACAAGGAGGAGCUCAAGAGCCUGGGGCCCGCGGCGCCCAUCAUUGACUCGCCCUACGGGGACCCCAUCGACCCAGAAGAUGCUCCCGAGUCCAUCACCAGAGCGGUCGCCAGCCUCCCCCCCGAGCAGAUGUUUGAGCUGAUGAAGCAGAUGAAACUCUGCGUCCAGAACAGCCACCAGGAAGCUCGGAACAUGCUGCUUCAGAACCCGCAGCUGGCGUACGCCCUGUUGCAGGCGCAAGUCGUAAUGAGGAUCAUGGAUCCGGAGAUUGCUCUGAAAAUCCUGCAUCGAAAGAUCCAUGUCACGCCUCUGAUCCCAGGCAAAUCUCAGCCAGGCGCGGGCCCGGCGCCUGGGCCGGGGCCCGGCCCUGGUCCUGGUCCUGCCCCUGCCCCUGGCCCCGGCCCUGCUCCUGGGCUCUGCCCAGCACCCAAUGUUCUCCUGAACCAGCAGAAUGCUCCAGGUCCUCAGCCUCAACAUUUGGCCAGAAGGCCCGUCAAGGAUAUUCCUCCUUUGAUGCAGACGCCUAUCCAAGGUGCAAUGCCAGCUCCCGGGCCAAUCGCAGCGGCCGUGCCUGGGCCCGGGCCUGGGCCCUUAACUCCUGGAGGGGCGAUGCAGCCCCAAGUCGGAAUGCCAGGGGUCGGCCCAGUGCCUUUGGAGCGGGGACAAGUGCAGAUGUCAGAUCCCCGUGCUCCUAUGCCUCGGGGACCCAUGACUGCGGGGGGCCUUCCCCCUCGAGGACUGCUGGGAGAUGCUCCGAAUGACCCACGUGGAGGAACUCUGCUUUCAGUCACUGGCGAAGUGGAGCCUCGUGGUUAUCUGGGCCCGCCGCAUCAGGGUCCCCCCAUGCACCAUGCCUCUGCUCAUGACAGCCGUGGCCCUGCCUCCCAUGAGAUGAGGGGAGGGCCCAUAGGAGAUCCCAGAAUGCUCAUGGGAGAACCCAGAGGACCCAUGCUAGAUCAAAGGGGUCUGCCUAUGGAUGGUCGAGUUAGUAGAGAUGCCCGUGUGAUUGAGCCCCGAGCCAUGGAAACGGAUGUCUUAGAGCCCCGAGUCAUGGAGAGGAGAGCAAUGGAGACUUGCGCAAUGGAAUCCAGAGGACUGGAGAUGAGGGGCCCAGUCCCAAGUGCCAGAGGCCACAUGGCCGGUGGAAUGCCAGGUCCUGGCCCCAUUAACAUCGGGGCAGGUGGACCUCAGGGACCCAGACAGGUCCCAAGCAUUUCAGGAGUGGGGAAUCCUGGAGGCGGUAUGCAAGGGGCAGGUGUACAAGGAGCAGGCAUGCAGGGAGGAGGCAUGCAGGGUGCAGGAGGCAUGCAGGGUGCAGGAAUGCAGGGUGCAGGAAUGCAAGGAGUGGCCAUGCAGGGUGCAGGUAAGCAGGCUGGAGGCCAGCCCAGCAGUUUCAGUCCUGGGCAGAGCCAGGUCACUCCACAGGAUCAAGAAAAGGCGGCUUUGAUCAUGCAGGUUCUCCAGCUAACCGCAGAUCAGAUAGCCAUGCUGCCGCCCGAGCAGAGGCAGAGUAUCCUGAUCCUAAAGGAACAGAUCCAGAAGUCCACGGGGGCUUCCUGAAAGGUUUUAGAGAAGCAGUGGCUGUAGUUUGUUUAUUCCUAGCAUGGAGAAUGGGUACAAAAAGCUGACUUGUGUAUUCCCACAUCUGAAUGAUUAUGGUCGACUUCUUAUAAUGUUAUUUCUUGUUGUCUUUAUUUCUUUUGUUAUUUUUAAUUGAGGUAAGGGAAGAGAAGGGUGGGUGUGUUUUUGUUUUUUUUUUUUACUUAAGGUCACUGUAAAUAUCCCAAAAUAACUCAAUAUGAUUAUACCAAAUAGGAAUGUGUGGCAAUAUAAAUGUUUUUGCAAUAUAACUGCAUUUUUGAAACAGUUAAAACUGAAAACUGCAUAUGAGAACUAAAAGGUAACCUGUUAAAAACGGUAAUGUGCUAAAAAAAAAUGAAAAUGUACUGAGAUAGUUUAAGGGUUUUUGGUUGUGUAACAAAGACAUCUGAUUUCAGAAUUAUAAGGUAAUUUUUGGUAAGCCCUUUAGAAUACGGAAUCCUAUU